CGCUAGCGGUCGCGGGGUGAUGACGUAGCCGUCGGAAAAUGGAGAAAAAACACAUGUCCGCUUUUGAAUUGUAUCGCAUGAUAUCGGCGCCUUUACCCCCCGCCAAGAAGACUUGCUUGCAGGUGUCCGCUAAGAAGAAAAAGCGAAAGGAAAAUGGUGUCGCAGCCAAGACAGCCAGCAGCAAAGCUUUCACCAAGACUGAAAAGAAGAAAAGGGGAAAGAAGAUCUUAAAAGCUGCUCAGACGGUUAAGAAGACCAACAGAGUUGAAAAUGAGGAGGAUUGUGAAAAUGGAGAUGAUGAGACGCUAGAAUCUGUAUUGACUGACUUGGCAAAAGUCAACAACAGCAGGGAGCGAGCAAGCAAGAUGUUCCAAUGGCUUAUUCACCCCAUUCCCUCCAAGACCUUCUUCAGGGAUACAUGGGAAAAGAAGCCCAUUCUUGUCAAACGUCAGAAUCGAGAUUACUACAAGGGACUAUUCUCCACUGCAGUGUUCGAUCAAAUAUUGAGACAAGAUGAUGUCCAGUACGGAGUGAACUUGGAUGUCACUAGUUAUACCAAUGGCAAGAGAGAGACACACAAUCCACCAGGGAGAGCCUUGCCUUACACUGUAUGGGACUUCUAUGAGAGCGGCUGCUCCCUCCGCAUGCUGAAUCCCCAGGCCUUCUCCUCCAUCGUGUGGAACGUUCUGUCCAUCCUUCAGGAGCAGUUUGGCAACAUGGCCGGAGCCAAUAUGUAUCUGACGCCACCCGGAACGCAGGGCUUUGCUCCACAUUAUGACGACAUUGAGGCAUUUGUGGUUCAGCUGGAGGGAAAGAAACGUUGGAGAGUGUACAGUCCUCGGACAGAGGAAGAGUUCCUGCCUGUGUUUUCAAGCCCUAACUUCAGUCAGAAAGAGAUUGGGAAGCCCAUCCUUGAGGUGGUCCUGGAGGCCGGGGACCUCCUCUACUUCCCCCGAGGGUUCAUCCAUCAGGGCGACUGCCUGCCAGAUGCACACUCCCUUCAUAUCACUAUCUCCUCUUACCAGAAGAACAGCUGGGGAGACCUGCUCAUGAAGGUGGUCCCGGCAGCAUUAGAAGUAGCAAUGGAGGAAGACGUGGAGUACAGACGAGGCCUGCCGCUGGACUACCUAACAUACAUGGGAGUGCAGAAUUCUGACAAGGAUGAUCCCCGCAGGUCGAAAUUCUUGUCUCAAAUUGAGAGCUUGAUGAAGAAGCUGGCAAGUUACGCUCCGGUGGAUGCUGCUGUGGAUCAGAAAUCCAAGGGUUUCUUCCAUGACUGCCUGCCCCCCGUGCUCACUCCAGAGGAACUGGCCAGCAGUGUGCAGGGAGCCCCCAUCAGAUGGGGACACGACGAGGUUUUGGACGUUGGGGCAACUAUCAGAAACCAGACCCGGGUCCGACUCAUUCGCGCCGGGUGUGCCAGGCUGUGUUGUGAUGGAGAGACAGUUCAUUUAUACUACACCACUGAAAACUCCAGAGUUUACCACAAAGAGGAGCCGAAGAGUUUUGAAAUAAAAACAGAGCACACAGACGCCGUUGAGUUUCUGAUCCACUCAUAUCCCAAGUUUGUGACGGUUGGAAGUUUUCCAUGUGAUUCACCAGAGGACAAAAUCACUUUGGCUGAGCUGCUGUUUGAGAGGGGGAUUAUCCACACCGCGGAGCCUCUGUAAUGGACAGAGUUUCGUGACAGUAUCUGUCAAUAAACGUAUCCAGAUGAACGGAUUCAACUUUCUGUUAUCUGUUAUGGACGUAGACAUUUUCAAUUCUGGCAGCUGCAUAAUUGCGGUUGUACAAAGAGGUUUUGAAUUCAGAAUAUUUCUGGUGACAAUUGACCUUUUGCAAAGUCCCGCCCCCCCCCUUAGUUACUGUUGCUAUGCCCAUCAAGCGUUUCAGAACCAUCCAGGAAGUAGCCGGAAAACACCAAAACGUGAAGGAAGAAAUCAGCGCAUUCCCAGAGAAAAUAAGUGAUGUAUUUUGGAGUAAUUCAUCCUUAAUAUCAUCCCGUGAAAGGCAGAAGGGGUUACAGUAUGCAGAAGGGAUACUUUCAGAAUAUUAAAAGUAAAACUGACUUGCGUGGACUCCGGGCUGCCGGGUGCGACUGUAAUUGAGAGUAAAGCUUACCGGUCGCAAUCAGAGAAACCCCAUCAACUAAUUCUGAAACACACUGUGGACCAAUUGCGCUCUUGCACUGUAGGGUAAGUUAAAUAUUUCAGCUAUUAUUGGUAUAUUUUUAAUAAUCCAUUGUCAACACUGUAUUACAGUGUUGACUUUGGCCAAGGUGCCCCAUGGCGUUCUCUUAUCCAGGCUUUUUCGGGGGUUCUGUACGGGCUCCUGGGGGUCGGCGGUUUGGCAAAGGACAUGCCCUGGGGCCAGGGGAACCGCCCCAUGAUUUUUUUAUUUUUUUUUACCUUCAGACCAGAACCGGUAUUUUCAACAAAAUAAGGCAAACGAGAUGCCACCACAGGCGGGAUGCCUUUGCCGAAAGGCCAGUCCCCACCUGAAGCUCACAGAGGGGGAGAAACCUUUAAAAGAGGCCAGAUAUGGGGAGGUCAGACUGGCCAGAGACCAUCCCAGGGCCCAGCCAACCCUGCCAGCGGGUCUUUAUGCUCUGAAAAGGUGGAACCUGGCUAACCUGGGGCUAGGAUAACAAAGUUAUGUUCAUGGGCUAGCUAUCAUUAGCUAUCGUUAAAUUAGGUAUCUCUGGCCACAGACUAGGCUGGUUACAUUCAGCAGGUAACAGUAAUAAUACGUUAGCUAUAUGAGCUAUCAAUAAUGGCUAGUAGCAAGCUUAGCUUGGAGCAGACAGGUAUUUUUGUUGAUUUUGGGUGGAUUAAGCUGGUCAUGGGGUCUGCUAUACUGCGAAAUCCAUUGCCGGCAUUGCGCUUCUUGCGUUCUGGGUUUCGGGAAGGGAAAGAAAAUUACACCCCCUCCAAACUUUUCACAUAGAGUAUCCGAUUUGCAGAUCCCAUAGGCACACCGUUUCAGCAUUUUGCUGUCUGUCUGAAAGCUUGACGGACCUCCCUCACAUAGGAACCGUUGCUAAGGUAGGAUUGGACAAGCCCCGUUCUGGGGCGGUACUUUGCAAAAGGUCAAUUACCCUUCAUAAGAUCAUACAUAUUUUAAGAAUUUACUGUCCCAUUCAGCAUCAAAUAACAGAUUUUUGUAAAUCCGUUUUUUU